AUGAUUAGUCUGUCAAUUAGGACUAGGAGGAAUGCAAGAGAUGAGAAGACACCAGUACAAGAGCUGAAGCAUAGAAAGAGCCCCUUCUGGAGCAGUUCGCGAUGGCAAAAUCACAAUGCACAGAUAAGUGAAAAGGGUGCCCUGAAUUUGCAACCUGGUCCUAACUUGUCACUGAAAUGGAGUAAACCACCAACCAUCAAGAACGAGUUGAAUGAGUUAUCAAAUCAGAAAUCUCCCAAUGAGUCCACUGGUAAAGAUAUUGAUUUCAGCUCUUUGAAAUCGUUUAUAAAGCGAGGGCAGGAGCUUGCUCGUGAAAGUGCCAAAGAAAACGUGGAUUUGAAACCGAGUCAGACGUCAACAGAAUCCAAGACACUCAACAUCACGAAGCUUGCUGAUAUCAUCAAGACAAAGAACAAGUAUUUCGAUAUUGAGCAACCCGAUUUGGAUUUAGAUCGACCAAACAAAGAAAUCCUUGCCAGCAUCAAAACUCGCUCAGAAACCUCCAAAAAGCUCCAAUAUCAAGAUCCGUCAAAUGCUUGGAAAAAGAGUACAGAUAAUGUCAAUGAGUUGAAGGGCUUUUUCAAACAACUUCCCAAGAGGGUGAAAAUAAACGGCAAAAUGAUGAACAAUCCUGUGCGAGUAGGAGAUUUAGUCACUUUUGGAACUGAAAGUCUUCGUUUGUAUAUUGUGGCCGAAACACCCAGGUCGUUUGACUCGAGAGUUGCCACAUUUUUAUCAGACAAAGGAGAGAUUGUAUUUUCCAGCUUUUCAAAUAUAUGCUACAGAAUACCACAAGCGAUACCUGAAAAGUACAUUGAAACUAUACAAAACUUUGUCAGUUUGGAGCGGAAAUACUUGGACAUUCCACCAGUAGGGAUACCUGACUCGAACUUUACUAGGUCCGAUAAGUCAUUGCCAUCCAAAUUUCAGAAGAUGGUUAAACCCAACGGCACCACUGAAUCAGAAGGAGAAAUUUCUGAAUUUGAUUCAAAUGAUUUAAUUAUAUCUCAAGCUUCGUCGCAGCUAUUGACUAAUUCAAAUGUGCAGACAUACUUAAUACCCAAUGCAGCUCGUGAAUUGUAUCACAGUGCAUUGAUAGAAGUAUCAAACGCCGCGUUCCGAAAAGUCCACGAGACAAACAAAAAAUUGGAAGGAUUGCAUAGGAUUUUACAGAAUGACGAGACAGGCGAAAUUAACGCACCUCGGACUAUAUCGAUCUUUGAAAUCUUGUCGAAAUUGAAUAGCAAGCAGCAGACAGUAUCUAACACGGGCGUGUCGUGUUUGAGUAUCCCACCACAUCAGCUGAUAGAUCACGACUCAAAGAAUUUCCCUGCAAUAGACUACUUGUCUGUUCUUUUUGCGUUAAGGAAACAGAGCCGGUUAUGGACAGUUCAAAAAGACAAAGCAUCGUUUUCACCAACAAAGGUUACAAUUUGGUCCUUGGCACAGAUUUCACACGAGGACCGUGUCAUUAACUUUCUUAGAGGAAAGGGUUUAGAACAAAUGGCACAAUACUGUGCAGGCAAGGUGCUUGGCCGUGCAGAGAGAGAAGCUCCUGCAUUGUUCAAUGCAGUAGUGAGUUUAUUGCAGGAGUUUGUUAAUGGAAAGUUUGAAAAUGAUCCAUUGGUCUCAACAACAAUUGUGUCGUUAUUAAGGAGAAUCGAUAAAUUACUCGAGUUGAAAGGUGCAGCAAUUUCUGAUGAUUUUUACAAAUUUGAAUAUUCACACGGUAAAGCGUACGAUUUGUUGACUAGAUUGAAUGAAGAUGUCAUUGUAAAUCCUAUGAAAUGGUCAGCAGAGUCCAGUUUGGCUGGCGAGAAUAUAUCCCCGCGAGCUGAUCUUCAAGAGUCUUACUUUGAAUAUUUUGAUAAAGUGCUCGAGCUACCUCGAAAGGACCGUAUAGCUCAAUGGACAUUGUCACAGAACUUGUACGAGAGUGACCCAUUACGAGAAAGGCGAAUCGAUAUGAGGGACGUACCCGUAUACUGUAUUGACGACCCCACUGCUCACGAGAUCGACGAUGGAAUCUCGAUACAUGAAGAGGACGGCAAGUACGUGGUAUCCAUCCACAUAGCCGAGCCUAGCUCAUACAUCAAACCCGAAUCCGUUGUCAGUGGUAUUGCAUACGAAAAGUCUUCAACCGUAUACCUACCCGAAGCUGUAUAUCCAAUGUUGCCUCAAAUGGUUUCCAAACUUGCCGGACUAGGAAAAGAUACGGUAGACACAAGAACAUUUGUUGUGCAAUAUAGAUUGAACAAAAAGGACAUUGAUGGAUACAUGAAUGCAAAUCUCAAUGAUAAUCUGUACCGUGCUAAAAGCGAGUUCUUGAACAAGAUCGAAAAAGACAUUUAUAAAAACAGUGAGGUCAGGUUUGCAAUUGCAAAGAGAUUUCGUCAAGGCUUUACCUAUGAUGCUGUGAACACCUUGCUCCAGGAUAAGGUAAAGAUUGGAAAGUUUCAACAAACUUCUCUUUCCGGUGAUGCUGAUUUUGACAAUUUAAUCAAAUUGCAACAUAUAUCAACAUUAUUAUGGAAUAUCCGAGAGUCAAAGAAUGCGUACAAUAGUGGCCAUAACAAGAAGUUGUCUGUGAGACCAAUGCAAAGCUCAGAUGCACAUGUGGAACAUGAAUGUAGCAGUUUUAAGUUUCGCCUUCCGAAAAGCGACAAUGUCAUUGAAAUCUCGUCAGACAAUACAAACAACGUGUCAACGCAAUUAGUCACGGAAAAUAUGAUCAUUGCUAAUCAUUUGACGGCCAAGUUUGCAACUGAACACGGGAUAAAAAUCUUGUACCGAACAUUGGAUCCAAAAUUCAAUGCUGAUCUUUUGGAGGAAUACAAGGAGCUCAUUCAAGAUGGAAACACUGACAUCGAUCAAGAAACGUUGUUGAAUCUUUAUGCGUUUUUGACAAGAGGAGUCAUUUCAGACAAGCCAGAUAAGCACUUUAUGAUGGGGCUCAGCAUGUAUACAAACAUUUCUUCCCCCUUGCGAAGAUUCAUUGACAUGGUCAACCAGUGGAAAAUCCAGGAUCAUAUUCUUGGAAGAACAACAAUUGCUGAUGAAUCUAUUGCUGGUAUCGUUUCCAGAUUGAAUGCUAGAAAUGAUAUUGUUAGAGACUUACAAAGACAGUCCGUAACUUUCUGGCAGUUGCUUUUCUUGAAGGCUUUUAAUGAGCAAAAUGGCGGCAAUUUGGCUGAGAAAUUAGGAUUAAAGUUGUCGCUUCGAUCCAAUCCAAGAAAAGAUACGACAGUUGCUGUAAACUUGCAAACCUUCUCAAGUGUCAAUGCGCAUGUUGAAGUUAGUCAAGAAUUGUUGGAGGGCGUAAACGCUGGAGAUAUAGUAGUUGGGGGGUUACUUGACAACUCAAAGUUGCGUUUAAAAAAGAUUGAUGUGAUAGAGAAUCAAUUGGUAUUUGAAUAUAGAUGA